AUGGGCCCCGGGACCAUCUGCCCUUGGAGGGGCCCCCUGCCUUGCCAGGUGUGGACCUGGAUCGAGCCUGUGGUGGCCUCCACUCAGGUGGCUACCUCUCUCUACGACGCGGGGCUGCUCCUGGUGGUGAAGGCUUCCUUUGGAGUGGAGGCCUUCUCCAACCACAGCACCAGCCUGUCGCCCCGGGGGGCUCAGGAGGAUCAACAGCAGAAAGCCAUCUCCAACUUCUACAUCAUCUACAACCUCGUGAUGGGCCUGACACCCCUGCUCUCAGCCUAUGGGCUGGGCUGGCUCAGCGACCGCUACCACCGCAAGAUCUCCAUCUGCGUGCCGCUGCUCGGCUUCCUGCUCUGUCGCCUGGGGCUGCUGCUGAAGGUGCUGCUGGACUGGCCCGUGGAGGUGCUAUACGGGGCGGCAGCGCUAAAUGGACUGUGCGGCGGCUUCUCGGCCUUCUGGUCAGGGGUCAUGGCCCUGGGCUCCCUCGGCUCCUCAGAGGGCCGCCGCUCCCUGCGCCUGAUCCUGAUUGACCUGAUCCUGGGCUUGGCGGGAUUCUGCGGGAGCAUGGCCUCGGGGCAUCUCUUCAAGCAGAUGACCGGGCACUCCAGGCAGGGCCUGGUGCUGACUACCUGCAGCGUGAGCUGUGCCGCUUGCGCCCUUUUCUACAGCCUCUUGGUGCUGAAGGUCCCUGAGUCCACGGCCAAGGCCAGCAAGGCUGUGGAUAUGGUGUCUGGCACGACCGGCUCUUAUCGCACACUGGAUCCUGAUCAGCCAGACAAGGAGAGUGUCGUGGAGCACCCUCCACCUCCUGGAAAAGCAAAGCCCAAAGAAACCAUCAUUGCCCUGCUCUUUGUGGGAGCCAUCAUAUAUGACCUGGCAGUGGUGGGCACAGUAGACGUGAUGCCCCUUUUUGUGCUGAGGGAGCCUCUGAGUUGGAACCAAGUGCAGGUGGGCUAUGGUAUGGCUGCAGGGUACACCAUCUUCAUCACCAGCUUCCUGGGCGUCCUGGUCUUCUCCCGCUGCUUCCGGGACACCACCAUGAUCAUGAUUGGGAUGGUCUCCUUUGGGUCGGGAGCCCUCCUCUUGGCUUUUGUGAAAGAGACAUACAUGUUCUACAUUGCUCGGGCCGUCAUGCUGUUCGCGCUCAUCCCCAUCACAACCAUCCGAUCAGCAAUGUCCAAACUCAUCAAGGACUCCUCUUACGGAAAGGUGUUCGUCAUCCUGCAGCUGUCCCUGGCUCUGACUGGAGUGGUGACCUCCACCAUGUACAACGAGCUUUAUCAGCUCACCAUGGAGAAGUUCGUCGGCACCUGCUUUGCGCUCUCCUCCUUCCUCUCCUUCCUGGCCAUCAUCCCGAUUGGCAUCGUGGCCUCCAAGCAAGCCUCGUGGUUGCAGUACGGAGACAGUGCAGAGAGCUGAAGGUGCUGAUCUGCGAGAGCCGAAAACCCCAGCAGUGGCCAGGCCCCUCUGGAGACAAAGGAAGGGACCAGGAACUGGUGACCAAAGUAACCCAUUGCCCAAGAAACCCAAGUUCCAGCUGGAGUUGGCCUCAGAAUGAUCUACUCUGGCUCAGGGGUCCCUGGUGGGUGGGGAAAAGCACUUUCCUGGUGAUGGAGGAACUUUCUCAGCUUUCAGACGUCCCUAGUAGGCAGAGGUUAGGCUCUGCAGACAGUAGAACAUCAGCUUUGAAGGGUGACGUGCAGGCUGCACACACAGCCAUUCCAGACGCAGAAGCCCCGAAAUUUUCUUCCAGGAGUGGUCUCCUGGGGCUCCAGAGUAUGGCUAACUGGUCACCCGGGCACUGUGCUAGGAGUCCGACGUGAGAACUCAAUGGCACACAUUUUCAGCAGCUGAGGGAAUGUGGAAGGGCUGUUUGGUGAGAACUGCCAACAAUGAACCUCAGUCAGUAUCUUUCAAAUAUAACCUUGAAAAAAAAGUUAGCUUUAUUCCCUGAGGCCUUGUUAGCUGUGAACAGCUCAGGAGAGGUCUGGCGCACAGGCACUUGGCUUCAGGGUAGUUUCGUUACUGUUUGAGAAGCAACUAUCAAAAGGCUCUCUGGAUACUUUGUCAACAGUACUUCGAAGAGGGGCGUCAGGGGAGGAAGGGUGCUGAGAGCCAUUUUUAUUUUGAGGUGCUUAAUUUCACAGCCUAUUUUACUUACAUGUAUGAAAGCAGACUCACCUAAUUAAAAUCGACAUUCAGGGCA